UUUAUUAUAAGAAGUUCUCUGCCAUUAUAAAUAUGGAAGCAUGAGUUAUGAUGCCUGCGUGACGGAAUAUUGAUGCUUGAUCUGAUAAUGGAACUUACUCUUCGUGCUCUAUCUUUCCGCCGUGGGACCAAAUCGUAUUGAAAUAGAAGAUUUUUUUUAUCUACCGCCGAGUACCUACUAAUUGAAUUCACCAUGUUCAUUCUUACUACCCUCUCCGAUCUGAUCCAGAUCUCCCCAGAAGACUUCUCGAAGUAUAGUUCUAUCGCUAUUGAGGACAACAUCAAUGAGAAGUAUGCAAAUAAAGUUAUUCAGAAAGUUGGCCUAUGCAUUGGAUUCUACGACUUGUUAGAGUCCUCCGACGGUCUUAUCGGCCAUGGCACUGGUUUAGUCAACGUGAACGUCAAGUUCCGCCUCAUUGUGUUCCGUCCGUUCAAAGGAGAAAUUAUGUUGGGCAAGAUCUCCAGCGCUACUGAACAUGGUAUAAAGAUUGGAGUAGAAUUUUUCAACGAUAUCCUCGUACCUCCAAAUCUUCUCUUGGACGGUGCCAGAUUUGACUAUGCCGAUCAAGUUUGGAUCUGGGAAAACGAGGACGGCUCCACAUUCUACUUUGAUAUCGGAGAAGUUGUCCGAUUCCGCGUUGAGAUAGAGGAGUGGCAUGACCAAAUACCAAACGCCCCAGAUCUAGGAGAUGCCGCCGCUAUCGAACGGAAGCCACCAUAUUCCAUCAUAGGCUCAAUGCAAAUGGCUGGUCUGGGACCUGUAUCGUGGUGGUAAUGUUCCGGAUGGGUCAUGUGCAUGCUUCUUUGACGUGAAUAAGCAAGAAUAACUUCUUGGCUCCCUUACUUCCCGUGCUUAUGUGAUGAGAUACCUUGCUGAUGGAAUGGUUGAACUAUGUAUAUUUCCAUGGUUACACGAAUAACGAAAUAAUCUUAACAUAGAGAUUUCAGUGAUUGCUCACAAAUCAGCCAAAUGACG